AUAAAAGAAAAACAUGUGCAGAGAGAGAUAUACGAAUGUGACCUAUCACAUAUCUGCUUCAAAAAUUCGAGCACGAAAUAAACAAAACGUUCGACGCGCGCACCUUGCUCUCUCGGCCUAUUUUGUAGUGUGUGUAUGUACACAGUAGUUAUGUAAGGUGUGGAACGUAAACAUCCAUCAUAUCAGUAUGGAAUGAUUCAAAAGCUGCCGUCGGUGAUACGAUGUGCGCGCGGCGCGAGAGUAAGAUUUUGCGGCAUCAUUUUCUGCCCAAUCAGACACAAUUGACGUCACGGAAAUAAAAAAAAUAAAAUAAGCGUAGCAGCCAACACAACACGCGCGCAUACACCAGUCGCACCGACGUAAACAAGAAAUAAGUAGCAUCUUGGAUCAUCGGUGUUACAUGUAUGUAGGCACAUAGCAUAUGUAUACAUGUGUAUUACAUAUGUAUCACGCACACGUCGGCAAAGUGAGAGUGUGACACGGUGUUAUAUACGUGAGAGCACGCGUGGCGAACGUCCUCUACUUCCGCUCCCCUUUGAAGUUGAGGUGCGGGCAACAAAGGCUUGAUAAAUAAAACGCUAGUCGUUACCGUCGCUGCCGUCGUCGUCGUCCUCGCGCGGUGUUCACUCAUGUAUAAGUGUGUAUUCGUGCAGGUGGUGUGAUAGUGUGUGCAUUUGUUAGGUUCGUCGUGACGGUAAUAUCUUCUAUCAGUAAGGCAAACGUGUAUAUAUAUGUGUGGGUAUAUAUAUAUAUAUAUAUAUAUAUAUGCACAUAUAAUACAUACUGCACACAUCGACGAGCAAUACAACAUAUCAGCAUGAAGAGCGAGAUGCAGGAGAAGCAACAGCAGCGCCGAUAACCAAGAAGUUCGACAUAACCUUUAAAGCUGCGGCAGCAGCGCGAAUGUUGAGUGUGCUUAUGGUGUAUUGCUCUCACUCUUGCGCUGCUCUCUCGACGGAGUGUAUAAACAAGUUGGUCGAGAGAGAGAGAAAGAAAGAUAGGUAGCCGACAAGCGAAGUUGCGUGUAAAAGAGAAGCUGUCACGUGGUAGCCACCCACGUUCUCUCUUGGAUCUCCGUCUACGUCGUCGUCGUCGUCGUCGUCCUCGUCGUCGUCGUCGUCGUCGUCGUCGUCGUCGUCGUCGUCGAACAUUUGGUGUAUAGGUAAACAUACGAGUCUCUCGCGCGCGAAAGACAGAGAUAGACGCAUACGAGGAAACAGUGUGUUGCUACUCUUCGCGGGUUGGCUUUUUGAUAUAAACGCGACCGUUGCGUGUGCAGAGUGAGUGAGCGAACAAGAAGAAGAGGAAUAGAGAGAGAAGAGAAGAGAGGAACAUGUCCGCCUACACGAGGACGCAGGAAAGCGACGCCUGGGCACUUCUUGCCCUUAAGUCCGCGCCGACAAGCCCAUCCAAGAUGCAAUGGAAUCUGGAGGCAAAAGGUGCACCUAUAGCCAGACUUGAGGGACGUGAGUUUGAAUAUAUGGUGAGGCAACGUCGUAUCACCAUUGGCCGAAAUAGUAGUAAGGGUGAGGUCGACGUCAACAUGGGACAUUCGAGCUUCAUAUCCAGGAAACACCUGGAGAUACAUUACGAUCAUCCUUACUUCUUCAUGACUUGCAACGGUAAGAAUGGGGUGUUCGUCGAUGGGGUCUUUCAACGCAAAGGCGCCGCUGUCUUUCAACUACCAAAGACGUGCACAUUCAGAUUUCCCAGUACAAACAUAAGGCUCGUGUUUCAAUCACUGGUUGAUGAGCAGGAACAUAGCAAUGUGAGAGUGGCAUCACCACCAAAGCAAAGAACUGCACUGCCACCUUUACGUAUCAAUAUACCAGCAGAUACUGGUUAUAGCAGUCCUUUCCCAUCGCCAACUGGAACAAUAAGUGCUGCAAACUCUUGCCCUGCAAGUCCAAAUCGUUCUCAUCAUGGCAAAAGAAACAUAUCUGCUGACCUGCAGAUGGUUGCUGUCUAUGCUGCUCAGGUUGCUAAUGACCCACAAAAUUCAACGAUAGAGAGGCACGAACUGACACAGAACUCAAACAGACCAAUGAGUCCUGAACCUGGGACAGAAGCUCGCCCACCAAAGGAUGACUCGAAACCGCCGUACUCAUACGCUCAGCUUAUAGUCCAAGCGAUAGCAUCAGCCCAGGACAAACAACUGACACUGUCGGGUAUUUACUCGUACAUAACAAAGAAUUAUCCGUACUACAGAACGGCGGACAAGGGCUGGCAGAAUUCAAUAAGACAUAAUCUGUCGCUGAAUCGUUAUUUCAUCAAGGUGCCGCGCAGUCAAGAGGAACCUGGUAAAGGUUCAUUUUGGAGGAUAGAUCCACAAUCCGAAGCCAAACUCAUUGAACAAGCGUUCCGGCGUAGACGGCAAAGGGGUGUACCUUGCUUCAGAGCACCUUUUGGACUUUCUUCGAGAAGUGCGCCAGCGUCUCCGUCACACGUCGGUAUUAGCGGCCUGAUGACACCAGAGUGCCUGAGUCGCGAAGGUUCACCAGGUCCCGAGUCGUAUCCAGAUAGUUCGGUGCCAUCGCCGGCUGGUCAACUUAAUAGUCAAUCAGCGCCAGGCUCUCCUGGACAGCAUCAGUAUGCACCACCGCCCCCUGCGACACAUAAGCCAUCAUCGAGGCUCAUGCAGCAGAUUACAGUGGUUACUAAUGGCGUUGGCCUGGACGCCAACAGUAGAGAUGACAAAUACUUGCUACCUAGCAACGUAUUAGAGGAAAACGCUUUAUCACCAGCUGGUCAAUACAGUCCAGCUCCUGUUAUUGUACAAACAAGUUAUAAUUAUAGCGGAAGCUAUAUGAGUCCUGACGCAGGCGUUGGGUUGAGUAAGCGAGCCCACGAAGAGCAGCCGGACAGUUCGCCGGGUUCGCCAGCACCUUUGGCCAUAGUUGAAAGUCCGGAGCCAGUCGACAAACGCCUACGUCUUAAUGACAGCAACGAUCACUGAACUACAUACAUACACACAUCUCUCAACUUACCAAUCUUUUUCUUUUGUUUUACUUUCCCCUCCACGUAGGACAAAAACAAAACAAAGAAAAGUCCCAUAAGCUACUAUCUUCUACUCUGUCGCCUCAUUCACGUUUAUGUAUUCAUCGUUCGUGUGUUGUAUAUUCUUGCAAAAAAAAAGCUUUUUUUCUCACGCGGAGCGACAUACACGUACACACACGUAUAUAUACGUAUAUAUACGUAUAUAUGUGUAUUGAUUAACGUGGCUUUGUAAAAGUCUGCGUUAUACGUCAACUUUUUAUCAAGCUGUUUCAAAUUUCUUUUUUCUCUUUUCGGUAUAUUUUUAUUUUGAAAGAGGAAUGAAAUUGAUAAUAAAUAAGAAGCGAUAAAGCAGCUGGAAAUAUUUCGAGAUAUACCAUUUUUUUUAUUUUUACUUCGUUUUACUACUAUUACUAUAUUUCGUUUUUUUUUCUUUGCUUAACAAAACGGUGCGAGUAUUCGUAGCAAAAACUUCGAUUUUCUUUUAAAAAGAGACGAUGAACGAUCUUUUUAUUUCGACUGAUUGACAGUCUUUAUUAUUCCGCUAAAAUACUCUCGUUAUGUGCCUGCCUAAGUGAGACAGUCAGGAUAAAACAUGUAUGUACUAAUAAGUGCGAGAGUGUGAGUGUGUUAGAAUUGUUGUUUAUGUAUUAUUUUCAACAAAAAAAAAUAAUAAAAAAAAAGAGAUCUAUAUUAUUACAUUACGCGGCCGUCUAUGUAUUCGACGCCAAGUAUUAUUACUUGAAAAGACAACAAACUUAGACGCAUAAACGAAGUGUAUGUUUUAAGGCAAUAAGUGUAAAAAACGCGGCUAUGUUUCUCUGACACACACACACCCCCACCCACCCACCCACCCACCCACCCCCACACACACACACACACACACACACACACACACACACACACACACACACACACAACUGGCACAGUUGCUCUCCGAUUAACGUAUACUUUUAAAAACGACGAUGAUAGAAUAAAAAUUGUUUCGCUUUUUCAUUGGGAAAAGGGUAUAUAUAAUUAAAAAAAAUUCGACUUUGCUCAGCAAGUAUAGGAAAAAAAUGCGUGAUAUGAGUAUGACGAAUAAAAGAAAACAAAUGAAAAGUGAUACUAUUAAAUGGUGUUUCUUUUUAAGUUUAUCAAACAUUACUUAGGAUCUUUCCUGAUCUUGAGUUUCACACCAAAGUUUCCUCCGAAAUCUCUGUCUCUAUAAGAACAAAUUUACGCACGCCAAUUGUAUUCUCAACGGUGUAUUUAAAAAUAGGAUUGCAUUAUUCAGUGGAUUGAUUCCUAAUAACAAUAUUAAUGUUCUUUGUCUAAGUAGAUUAAUGACAGACGACAAUGAAAGUUUAUUCAAACAAAAAACUAAAAGGAAAAAAUAUUAUGUACUUUGCGUUUUUUUCCAAAUAGCUUAAGUACAAAUUUUCAAAAUUCAAUGAAUUGAAGAGACGAAAGACUUGUUGAUUAAUUUUGAACAAUUUUUUAAACAUAAAAAAAUCGAAAAGAAAGAAAGCUCUUAAAAACAGUUUUGUUUCCAAAGCUUUUAAUGAUUGCAUGUUAUCCGCCGUCAACGCUGUUGUUAUUACGAAUAUUUUUAGAAUAUUAGCCAUUUGUAAACAAUAGAUUUGUUUGUAUAAGAUUUCGAAAGAAAAGUAAAGAGUUAUUCACAUUGUUUGAUGACGAGAAAAGAAAUGAACGGUGUUAGUAAGUAACGGAGGCAAAAAAAGAUAAUUUAAUAGACGAGAAGUGACGUAUAUGAUGAUAUUUCAGAAAAGAAGAGAAAACAGAAUUAUGUAACGCUGAGCGAUCUCUAUUUUUUUCACAAAAGAGCAAGAAAGCAAGAGAGAAAGAGAGGGGUGAGCGACGAUUAAAAAGAAGAAAAUAAAAGCGAAUGAUCGAUAUAAAGACAAAAAAUGCAUUGUGUAAUAGUGACAUUAUUAUUAUCCAAGUGUGUAGUUAAUGACGUUUUUCUUUUUUUUUUAGUUUAGUGCGGAAAAAUGUAAAUAACAAAAUUUUACUUAGACAAAUUAAUUGUUCUUUUUUCCUUUGUUGAUAGAUUCUUUUUAAACGCUGCGGACAUUUGUAAAAUUAAUGGAUAUAAUACAAACGAGAAAACAAACAAAACUUACAGUCUUAUCGCGACUGAUAUUUAAGUAGUUAUAUAUAUAAAUAUAUUUAAAAAAAUAAAACACAAGACAAAUAUAACCGUUCUAUUCGAAAACAAAAAGUAAAAAAAAGGACAAGAAGCUAGUGUCUAUAGCACAGCGAGUAUUAACGCGAAGUACUUUGUGGAAUGAGAAUUAUUUUUGCGAUGAGCGUGAAAAUCCGAUAAUAAUUGUGAGCGUACAAUAAAGUCGGUUAAACGUUGUCAAAAAAAUGGAUAAAAAAGAUACAAAAAAAGAGGUAAAUAAAUAAUGCAAUAGUAUUUGGCUAUUUUACAAGAAACAAAAAAUCACAUGAACACAAACAAGACAAACAAAUAAAAUAAAUAAGCUUUGUUAUUUUGUAAAAGAAAAGACUCUUUGAAAGAGAAUUACGCGUCUAUGUAUAUCUUGAUUGUGAGCAAACAAAAAAAAACUUAAUGAUAAUGAAGAUAAAAAACACUAGAUUAGAGGUGAUCAUAGAGAGCUCGAUAAUUUAUAUAUAGAAUAUAGGAAGUGAAUUUUUUCGAAAAAAAAACGAAUCGUGUCUCGCCUGCGUUCCGAAUAUUAUCACUCUCUUCUAUGCAUUUUUUUCUUCGUUCUACUUUUCACCCUUGCACCUUUUAGUAAGAGAAAGAGAAAAAAAAGUCACGUACUUCUCGCUAAUAAAAUUUAUC